GUACUAUACUGUUCCUAAUUAAUUUCCUCAACGUCGCUGUGGCUGUGUAUGGUAUUGCUACGGUUCCUGUUUCCCUCCCGCUGCCGUCCCAGCCGGAGCUAGUCUAGCAAGAGCAGUGUCGCAUAAAAGGUAUAGCUAGCUCAGUCAUCUUGGUACCCCUGCAUCAUGGCUGGGAGCAUCUCCUCCGCGCUGUUGCUCCUGCUUAACAUGGCGGGUGCGCUGCUCGCUCCCUCUGCCAGCGCUCCCCAGAGCCUGCCGGCCUCCGCCGAUGACGACGGGGACGUCGACUUCUUCUUCUUCCCCUUCCUGGUGCGCUACAAGAGCGGCCGCGUCGAGCGCUUCGUGGGCACGGACACCGUGCCGGCCUCCCUGGAACCCGCCACCGGCGUGGCCUCCAAGGACGCGGUCAUCGACGCCGCCGCGGGACUGGCCGUCCGCCUCUACCUGCCGAGCCUCGGCAACAGCACGAGGACGAGGAGCGGGCGCGGCGACAGGCUGCCGCUGGUGGUGUUCUACCACGGCGGCGGGUUCGUCACGGAGUCUGCCUUCUCGCCGACGUACCAGCGGUACCUCAACGCGCUCGCGUCCAAGGCCGGGGCGCUCGUCGUGUCCGUGGACUACCACCUCUCGCCGGAGCACCCCCUCCCGGCGGCCUACGACGACGCGUGGGCGGCGCUGAGAUGGGUGCUCGGGAGCGCGCGGUCCGGGGCGGAGCCCUGGCUGUCGCGCCGCGCCGACCUGACGCGGCUGCUCCUGGUGGGCGACAGCGCCGGGGGCAACAUCGCGCACAACAUGGCGAUGCGCGCCGGCAGGGAGGGCCUGGACGGCGGCGCGGCCAUCAAGGGCAUAGCGCUGCUAGACCCGUACUUCUGGGGGAAGCGCCCGGUGCCGUCGGAGACGCGGGACCCGGAGGACCGGCGGUUGAACGACCGUAUAUGGAGCUUCGUCUGCGCGGGGAGGUACGGCGCCGACGACCCGGUGGUCAACCCGGUGGCCAUGGCGAGAGAGGAGUGGCGGCGGCUGGGGUGCGCGCGCGUGCUGGUGACCGUGGCGGGGCUGGACGUGCUGAGCGCGAGGGGCCGCGCGUAUGUGGAGGAGCUCAGGGCGAGUGGGUGGGGCGGCGAGGUGCGGCUGUACGAGACGCCCGGCGAGAACCACGUCUACUUUCUCUUGCAGCCGGACGGCGAGAAGGCGGCGAAGGAGAUGGACGCGGUGGUGGCCUUCAUCAACGGCGACCGGUCACCCGGGGGCUCGAAGCCAGAGGGUUCGGCCAAAUACACAAAUUUCUUAGGAACUCUCGCAGAAGGACAGGAGAAGAACAACGAUAAAUGGAAAUCCAGUUGCGAGUGAAAAUAACAAAUUUAGCCAGCAUUCACGGUUAAAUUCUCAUUGUGUUAAUUCACGUUUGGAUGUAUCGUUCUCGUUUCCAUUGCAGGAGUAUUGAGUUUUUUUUAUGAAA